CUUCCCCAACACCCGUCCUGGACCGAUGGAGUUCAACUUGCUGACUGACUCUGAAGCCCACAGCCCUGCUCUCUCCCUCUCCGAAGCCGGGACGCCUCAGCAUGAGCAAAGCUGCAAAGGGCAAGAACACAGUGACACGGAGAAGUCCCAGCAGAACCAGACGGACGACUCCAACCCUGAGGAUGGCUCCCUGAAAAAGAAGCAGCGCCGGCAGAGAACUCACUUCACUAGCCAGCAGCUCCAGGAACUUGAAGCCACUUUCCAGAGGAACCGUUACCCUGACAUGAGCACCCGAGAGGAGAUAGCAAUCUGGACCAACUUGACUGAAGCCAGAGUCCGGGUUUGGUUUAAGAAUCGCCGAGCCAAAUGGAGGAAGCGAGAAAGGAAUCAGCAGGCAGAGCUUUGCAAGAACAGUUUUGGAGCCCAGUUUAAUGGGCUGAUGCAGCCUUACGAUGAGAUGUAUAGCGGCUACUCCUACAACAACUGGGCUUCUAAAGGCCUGGCUACCAGCACCCUGUCAGCCAAGAGCUUCCCUUUCUUCAACUCGAUGAAUGUCAGCCCUCUCUCCUCGCAGCCCAUGUUCUCCACGCCCAGCUCCAUUGGGUCCAUGCCCAUGCCCUCCUCCAUGGUGCCCUCAACAGUGACUGGCGUGCCUGGCUCCAGCCUGAACAACCUCGGGAGUCCUGGCCUAAGCUCCACCGUUUCCACUAGCACCUGCCCUUACGCUGCCUCCACGGCGGGCCCCUACAUGUACAGGGACACGUGUAACUCCAGCUUGGCUAGCCUAAGGCUGAAGGCGAAACAGCAUGCCAGCUUCACCUACCCAGCGGUGCAGACAGCUGCCUCCAACCUGAGCCCUUGCCAAUACGCUGCUGUGGAUAGGCCAGUAUGAAGGA